ACGCGAAUAACUUUAUUUAUGGAUUAAAUUAAUUCGACUAUAUAGAUUUCCAAUUCCCUUUCAUCUCCUAUGGGGAAAUGGUUUACAGGUAGAGAAGGAGGGGUCCAAAGGGGUGGUAGAAUACUUCAACUAUAUAAGCUCACUCACACCUGCAAAAUUAAGGCAAACACGACUCAUCGUCUCACAAAGUUCAUAAGCUCCCUGCCAUUUCAUCCAUGUCUUCACAUGCUAUAUGCAUCAUGUUCUCCUUACACAUCAUCUUAAUCCUCCUCUCCGGUGCAUGCAAAGCAGCUGCUGCGCCAAAUAUAAACCAGACCACCGAUACUGAAGACCAAGAGGCCCUUCUCUGCAUCAAGUCCCACCUAUCAACGUCAAAGCCCGCCGGUGCCCUGACCACAUGGGGCAAUAGCUCACUACACUUCUGCCGCUGGCAAGGUGUCGUGUGCCGCUACCGGUGGCGACACGGCCUGAUGGCUCCCCGGGUUACCACCUUGCGCUUGGAGGAAGAAGGCCUCGCCGGCAAGAUCCCGCCUUGCAUCUCCAAUCUCACCAAUCUGGAACACAUCCACCUUCCAGUCAAUGAGCUUAGCGGAUCAGUGCCACCAGAGCUGGGCCAGCUUCGCAGGCUCGUGUACGUCAACCUCAGCUUCAACGCCCUCAGCAGCAUGAUCCCUGCUGAGCUUGCAUCGUGCUCUCGGCUCUCGCCUCCAAAUCUUCGCCAUGAGGAAAAACAAUCUUGAAGGAGGUAUCUCUUCUUUCCUUCUCAAUAGCUCACUGAUCCAGAAGAUUGAUCUUCACACGAACAAUCUUUCCGGACCAAUUCCUCCCUUGCUAAUGAACUCCUAUGCCAGCUUAGAGUUUCUGGCUCUGACCGAAAAUAGCUUAUCCGGUGAGAUACCUUCAUCAUUGGGGAACCUCUCCUCGCUUGCGGUCCUGAUUGCAGCGGAGAACCAGUUGACAGGAGGUAUCCCAGCAAGUUUAGCGAGGUUAUCGAACAUACAUCUUCUCGACCUCACAUACAACAAUCUCUCUGGGACCGUACCCAGCUCCAUCUAUAACCUGUCGUUGUUAACUUCUCUAGGCAUAGCAGGGAAUGGUCUUGUAGGAACUUUACCUUCUAACAUGGGCAACACACUCCCGAACAUUGAGAAUCUAGUAAUGUCUGAGAAUAAUUUUCAGGGAGGGAUCCCUCGAUCACUAGCAAAUGCGACAAAUCUUGUAGUUAUCCACCUAGCUCAGAACUCCUUCAGUGGAGUUAUUCCUUCUUUUGGAUCCCUACCCAAUUUGCAGAAGCUGAUGCUGUUCCAGAACCACUGGCUUGAAGCCGGGGACCGGAUGUUCCUCUCUUCGUUGAUGAAUUGUACACAGCUUACUAUUCUGACUUUGGAUGGGAACGACAUACAAGGAGAUUUGCCAAGCUUAGUAACUAACUUAUCAAGAAGUCUAGAAUACUUAGUCCUUGGGUCAAACCACAUAACAGGGACAAUACCAGCAGGUAUUGGUGAUCUGGUUAGCCUUUCUAUGCUAUAUCUCCAAGAUAACAAGAUAACUGGGCCUAUACCUGCUUCUAUUGGAAAGCUUCACAAUUUGUAUGCCAUGGAUCUAUCGAAGAACUGGUUCCAUGGAAACAUCCCAGCAUCAUUUGGUAAUUUGGGCCGAUUAAGUGAACUUUAUUUGCAAGAAAAUCACUUGAGCGGAGCCAUACCUGCAGAUUUAGCUGGAUGCAAAAAUUUGUUGGCAUUGAACCUUUCUUCUAAUAUCUUGUCCGGGCCCAUACCAGAUGGGUUAUUUGGUAAACUGAACCAGUUGAGCUGGUUGCUUGACUUGUCACACAACCAACUCACAGAUUCCAUCCCAGAUGAUGUCGGCAGCUUUAUCAAUCUGAAAUCCCUGAACAUCUCCGACAACAACAUCUCGGGAAGAAUCCCAUCCACUCUCGGCUCGUGUGAACUCUUGCAGGCGCUUCGCCUCGGAGGGAACUCCCUUGAGGGACAAAUCCCAUAUUCUCUUGCGACCUUGAGAGGCAUUAAAGAGGUGUACUUUUCUGAAAAUGACUUGGCCGGUGAAAUCCCAGAAUUUUUUGAGGUAUUCAACUGCUUAGAGUACCUUAAUCUAUCUUUCAAUAAGCUUGACGGCCCAAUCCCUACAAAAGGAAUUUUUGCCAAUGCCACAAGCAGACUUUUUCUUCAGGGAAACCCAAGUCUAUGCACAAGCACGAAAUCGCUGCACUUCCCACUAUGUUCUAUGGGACACUCUGGUAGGAAGAACAGAGUCGCGGUUUAUGUUUUGGCUAUUGUAUUGCCCAGUGUUGCCGUUUCUCUCCUCUUUGCCCUCUUCUUAAAGAAGAGAACAAGAAAGGAUUCACGUCUGAUGCAUGAAUCAUCAAAGGAACCGAGGAUUCGAUCCUAUAAUGACCUUAGCAAAAUGACAAAUAAAUUUUCGUCUGCCAACAUGAUUGGUUCGGGGCAGUUUGGCGUAGUUUACAAAGGUUCAUUCCCUGAUGGAGAAGGUCAGAUGUUUGCUAUGAAAGUAUUCAAGCUUGGCCAGUCUGGUGCAUCAAAAAGCUUUCUUACAGAAUGUAGAGCCUUAAGAAACAUCCAUCACCGCAACCUUGUAAAAGUGAUCACUGCAUGCUCAACGUACGAUCCUUUAGGUAAUGAGUUCAAAGCCCUGGUGCUCGAGUACAUGCCAAAGGGCACCCUUGCAGACCACCUUCAUACUAAGUCAAGAUAUGGAUGUCUAAGCUUAGGUGCAAGGAUCGGCAUAGCAGUUGAUGUUGCUUCUGUUUUAGAGUACCUUCACGUGUGGAGUGUCCCUCCCAUGGUUCACUGCGAUUUGAAACCAAGCAAUAUUCUCUUUGAUGAUGACAAUCUUGCUCGUGUUGGUGACUUUGGGCUCGCUCAGUUCCUCCAUGGUUUCUCUUCUUAUGGUGGGCACCAAAACUCAACAAGCUUGUUUGGACCAAGAGGAUCAGUGGGAUACAUCCCACCAGAGUAUGGCAUGGGCAGUAGAAUCUCAACUGAGGGUGACAUAUAUAGCUAUGGUAUUGUUCUCUUAGAAAUGCUCACCGGGAAACGCCCAACCGAUGAAUUGUUUGAUGAUGGUUUCACCCUACACAAAUAUGUUGAGGAUGCACUGCCUCAAAUUGGCGAUAUCCUGGAUACUGAUCUCAGCAGAGAGAUUGUAGGGGAUCAUAGCAGUCCUACUGAAUCACAGGAACAAGACAAUGAAACAGAGGUUCAGAAGUGUAUUCUGCAACUGCUGAACCUCGGGUUACUAUGCUCCCAAGAAGCACCAAAAGAUCGGCCAAACAUACAGGAUGUAUAUAGUGAGGUACUUGCAGUAAAAGAACAUUUCCUUUCCUGUUGUGCAAAGAAAACAUAACAAAUUUUCGGUGACAUUGGCAAUUGAAGCAGUAUUGAAGGCAGGGAAGUUAGAAUGGUUUUCAAAGUAAUAGAAGUGCUUGCAUAUGGUGUGGAUGGCGCUACAAUACAUAGGCUUGUAUUUGAUUACAGUAGUAAUUUUUGUAUAAUAUAACCCAUAAAUGUAACACCAAUAAGUGGGUGCCGUACUGUCGUAGGUUAAAGUUGUGAGUUAUAUUUUGCUGUGAUGGGCUGAUCCGUAUAA